GUCAAAUUCAUUCGAUUCGAUGUUGGAGUAAUUCGUCCUUCAACUCCACGUUUCAAAGUCACAGGGACAUCAAUCACCUUAGAAGAUCGAUUCCGUUGAAUGGAUGGCAGAAAGCCAAGUGAAGCUCUUAAAUCCUACUUUGGAAGGAAAACUCAUCGACAUAGUAGGAAAUUCCUUUUAUUGAAAGCUAUUUCAAGGAUUGCUUCAAUUCAUCCGGCUAGAUUCUCAUUUCCUGAAAAAUGAAGGGGAUUUAAAAAUACUUCCUUUUUGUUCAUCGGAGCUUGAGUUUAUGAUACAGAUUGGGAACGAACGCACACAUGCUUUCGUCGUCCCGUCACACAGAAGAUCCCAAGAUCCAUGCCAUGAAAUAUAAAUGAGACCGUAAACGUGAUACGGUCACGUGGGGGUCGCACCAUGGCAUCUUCGUGCCCGUUCCGACGCCCCUCGACGCAUGCCUCCUCCGCCGACGGCUCGGCGUCCGUGAAGAGGUCCCUGACGGCUAGACAAGCGUCGAUCCAGAUCCCCCAGGGCGACCAGGAGUCGGAGGACGAGGACAGGAACACGCUGAACCUGAAACAUCUGAACGCGGCCAUCCUGCUGUUGACUUCGCCGCCGAAUGAUGCUGUUCAAACUGCUCUGAGGGCGCUUUUGGCGAAGGAGAGGAAGGACAACCCUCAAAAAUACUCUUGUUUAAAUGGCCUUCCCGAAGACAUUACCGAAUUUAAGAAUUACGCUUUUCUAGAUGAUCUCUACGAUUUUGUCAGAGAUGAUCAGGACGAAGAUGAGAAACAGUUCUUGGACAAGCUUGGUCGAGAACUUAUACGCACCUCCUGCCAUGGUUGCGUGGAGAAAGCCUUCAAGUGUCUGGGAGGUGACCUGAAGGAGUUCCUGACCACUCUGGACGGCGUCCACGACGUGCUUAAGUCCCAGGACUCUCCUGGUCAGGACUGUCAUGAAACGGAAGCAUUCGUUUGUACCUCAGAUGAUGAUGGUCUACGUCUGGACUUUUCGACAGACAGAACCGCCAUUGCGUAUCUUCUGGUGGGGAGUCUGGCAGCUAUAGGUGAGCUUCUGUACGAGACUGAAACGUCAAUAGACUUCUCGAGAAAUCCACAGGAUGAGAGAACUUUCAGAUUCGAAAUAAAACCCAUAAACACAACCCAGAAGCGUCAACUACCAAAGAAAACACCGAGUCCCAUACCUUCGAAGAGCGACGAGUUGCAGGUGGACGUGGGCACCUUCUGCAAGGCGUUCCCUUGGCACUUCGUUAUCGAUCGCAAGCUGGAGUUCGUGCAGCUGGGUAGCGGUUUCAUGCAACUCUUCGGGGGCUAUUUGGCAGCCCAGGGGACGUCGGUGGCCACCUACUUCGAGUUUCAUAGACCCAGGAACUUCUCGCUCUCCUUCACGGACAUCAUCAAAAGGGCUAAUACUCCUUUCGUGUUGGCUAUACGGAAGCUGCCUGCAGUCAAGUCGCUUACAGCAGUGGGACUGGAGCUGAAAGGUCAGAUGGUCUACUGCCCAGAAUCGGACUCGAUUCUGUUCGUGGGAUCGCCCUUUCUAGACGGCCUCGACGGUCUCACCGGAAACGGGCUGUUCAUUUCCGACAUUCCGCUGCAUGACGCCACCAGGGACGUCAUUCUGGUUGGGGAGCAGGCCAGGGCUCAGGACGGACUGAGGAGAAGGAUGGACAAGCUGAAGAGCUCAAUCGAGGAGGGCAACAGGGCGGUGGACAAAGAAAGAGAAAAGAACGUCAGCUUGUUGCACCUAAUAUUUCCGCCCGAUAUAGCAAAGAGGCUCUGGCUAGGGGAAACCAUCGACGCGAAGACGCACGAAGACGUGACGAUGCUGUUCAGCGACAUCGUCGGUUUCACCUCCAUAUGCUCUACCGCCACCCCCAUGAUGGUCAUCAACAUGCUGCAGGAUCUCUACAACCAGUUUGACGUCUUCUGCGGACAGCUGGAUGUAUACAAGGUUGAGACUAUCGGCGAUGCCUAUUGCGUCGCAGGAGGCCUUCACAAAGAGACCAAGACGCACGCCAUGCAGAUAGCCUGGAUGGCCCUCAAAAUGAUUGAUACAUGUUCGAAGCACCAGACCCAUAGAGGAGAACCAAUUAAGAUGAGGAUCGGUAUCCAUACAGGAUCCGUGCUAGCAGGCGUGGUAGGCGUGAAGAUGCCCCGUUAUUGCAUGUUUGGACAUAACGUGACCAUAGCCAAUAAAUUCGAGUCAGGCAGCGAACCUCUCAGGAUAAACGUCAGCCCCACCACUUACGAACGUCUGGUGCAAACAUCCAACUUCACCUUCGAAGCCAGAGAUAGGUCCCUGCUUCCAGCAGGAUUCCCCAGCCACAUUCCCGGAACGUGCCACUUCCUGUUGGGCUACACUCACCCCUCAGCGCCACCUGACGCCCCUCUGAACGACCACGUUGACUGUGGCCUCAAGGAUAUAGGCCUCGGCGCCGACCUGUCCUGAACAAGAAGACUGUUAGUUUUUUAGCAAUAACGGGGAUCCUUUUUGACUACUCAAGCUCAUCGGCUUCCUGGUAGGUGCACGCAGAUUGGUCCAGAAUGGUCGAGAUGAUUUAGGUUAGCUCUUGUACAGGGUGGGACUGCUAACUUUGCUAAUUUCAAAAGUUAGUAGCAGUUUUAAAGAUUGCAUCAGUCAAGUAACGAUUGUCUUUUCAAUACACUGAGUUAGCCGCCAAGUUCUAAAAUCUCCCUCAAAUUCAAAAUUUUCGAAUUCGCUUCUGAUAAGGUUCUACAGGGUGCGGCAGAGCCGACUGACGGGUUUCAGAGGGAUAUUUAAAGAAAAUGGUAAAAGUUAGAGAGAAACGGUUUUUUUCAUUGGAAGCAGUAAGAAAUAUAGUUUUUUUGCCCAAGUUUUGAAAACGAAAUCAUCAUGAUGGCGGCCGUCGGCAGCGACACACUGAUAUUGUCGAUUUUGGAAAUUUUCUACCGCUUUUCAGCAUAUCUCGAGAGGUAUGUCCUGGAUUUUUUCGGUUAUUCGCUACUUGUAUUCUGGCAGGGUGUGUAGACGAUGUUUGAAGAUCUUAUUUUCAAGGUGGCCCCAAGGAAGAAGUCGCAGAUGCUUCAAUCUGGUGAGCGCGCUGGCCAACUUACGUCCCCACUCAGUGAGACCAGUCUCCCUGAGAACAUCUGUCUCAAAACAGCUAAUAAAGUUCGGUGAGCUGUGGCGCCAUCCUGCUGGAACCAGAUGUCACCCAGAUCGUGUUCUUCAGCAAGUUCUUCCAAUUCAGGCUGUAUGAAGGUUUCCAACAUUGAGACAUAACGCUUGGGAGUUACUGUGACGGUGAUAUUUUCCUCCUCGAUAUAAAAAGUGGCUAUCACUUCGAAUUGAGAUACAGCACACCAAACACUGUGACUUUAGGUGGAUGGUGUGGUCUUUCAUGGAGUUGAAGAGAAUUACAUGCAGCCCAGUAUGACCUAUCAAAACUCGUCAAUCGGCUCUGCCGCACCCUGUAUAAUCUGAAAUUGCUAUCACUUCAAUAGAAUAUAUGUAUUGAAAAAUCCGGAAGUGCCUCAACAUUGAUGAUUCACUGCAUCGCGGUUAUUGAAGAAUUGGCAAACGAAAUGUUAGGGCCUUCUUUUCCAAAUGAAGCCAAUUUCGUCCUUUCACAACCUCCCCUAAACACUUGGCACCAAAAUAAAAAUCAGCAAAGGUAGCUGUCACACCCUAUAUUAAAAAAAUUAAAAAGCAACUGCUAUGUACGGAUAAAACAAUUCGCAACUUUUUUUUUAUCUCUUUCUUCUUGAGAUGUGCAUUCUGGAUCCAAGUAAGCAUAAGCAAAUUGCUUGACAAGACAUUUCCUUCGCAUAAUAAAUAUCUACUUAUACACUA